CCCUAGCUCACCCACUCGACUGAGGAUGGAGUCGGCCUCCUAUUAGUAUUUGCAGUGACAAAUCCUGAACAGCACCCAUGGCAAUAAUGGCCGAAGAAGAUGAAAGGAGAAGCACAACGGCCAAAACCUUCCCAGUAAGGCCAAAGCUGAAACCCACCUCUAAUAAGUCCACCCCGACUGCAGAAUCCAAAUACUGGCGCUCCUUCAAAACUCCAAAAGACCUCCAACUUCCAGCCCUAGUAGCCUCCAUAACCUCCAUUUCUUUUGCUCCCACACCCCCUCAUGACUUCGCCCUCACCCACUCCGCCACCGUCACUAUCUUCUCCUCCCAAAAUCUCGAGCCCAAGGCCACAAUAUCCUCCGCCUUCUCCGACACCGCCACCUCCGCCUCCUUCCGCUCCGACUCUCGGCUCCUCGCCGCUGGUGACCUCUCUGGAUCUGUACACGUCUUCGAUGUUAAGUCCCGUAAUCCACUCCGUCGCCUCCGUGGCCACUCCCGGCCCGUCCGCCUGGUCCGCUACCCCCGGGUCGACAAGCUCCACCUCUUCUCCGGUGGCGAUGAUGCCGUUGUAAAGUACUGGGACGUCACCACUGAAACCCAACUUUUCAAUCUAUUAGGCCACAAAGACUACGUCCGGUGUGGCGACGCCUCUCCGGUGAGCGACGAUAUGUUUAUAUCGGGAUCUUAUGACCACACAGUUCGGGUCUGGGAUGUACGGGCCUCAACUUCGGGUUCUGUCAUGGAAAUUAGUCACGGUAAACCCGUGGAAGAUGUAAUUUACCUUCCAUCUGGCGGGAUAGUUGCCACUGCUGGCGGGAAUACCGUGAAAAUAUGGGAUUUAAUCGGAGGUGGGCGAUUACUCCAUACAAUGGAGAGUCACAACAAGACUGUUACAUCGCUUUGUGUGGGGAAGAUUGGGAGGGAGGGUGGGGAGGAGGCACAACAAUAUAGAAUUUUGAGCGUUUCAUUGGAUGGGUAUAUGAAGGUGUUUGAUUAUGCAAAGUACAAGAUCACUCAUUCGAUGAGGUUUCCGAACCCUUUAUUGUCUGUUGGGUUCUCACCGGAUUGUUCGACGAGGGUGAUUGGGACUUCCAAUGGGACAUUGUAUGUUGGAAGGAGGAGAGUGAAGGAGGAGAGUGCAGGGGAGCAGGCAUUAGUGGAUUUUGCAGGAUUGGCCGUCGCGGAGGAUGAGCCCAAGAGACGGUCACUAAGGCCGUCAUAUUUCAGGUACUUCCGCAGGGGCCAGAGUGAGAAGCCUAGUGAGACUGAUUACUUGAUUAUGAGGCCAAAGAAGGUGAAGUUGGCGGAGCAUGAUAAGCUGUUGAAGAAGUUCAGGCAUAAGGAAGCGCUGGUGGCUGCUCUGAAUGGGAAGAACCCAGAGAAUGUGGUGGCCGUCAUGGAGGAAUUAGUGGCGAGGAAAAAGUUGCUGAGAUGUGUUUCAAAUUUGGACUUUGAGGAGCUUGAGCUGUUGUUGCUGUUUCUGCAGAGGUACUCUACCAUGCCGAGGUAUGCAUCAUUUUUGAUGGGGCUGGUAAGUAAAGUUGUUGACAUGAGAACCGAAGACAUUAGAUCAUCUAAUGAAUUAAGAGGGCACAUUAGAAAUCUCAAGCGAGAUCUUGAGGAAGAGAUAAGAGUACAGCAGUCUUUGCAAGAAAUAGAGGGUAUAAUCUCUCCUUUACUAAGAAUUGCUGCCAGACGAUGAUUAUUCGAAUUUGCUGCCUCACAAUGAUUGUAGUCUUCUUCUGUAUGAACAUCUUAUUUAUUCAAAUAUUAUGCCCUCCUCUGUUUCAUUUUCUUGGAUCAACUCCAUAGAGAGAAGACAGAGACUAUUUAGCUGAUACUUUAAUGCACACUCCCCAGGUCCUGGAUUUUC